AUGAUUGCUCAGCACGUUGGAGAAGGAGAUAUCAUUGGAAUUUGGGAGGGCAAAAGCAUCGAUUAUCACUUCCUAUCUCUGUGGGAAGAGCAGAGAUGGACCACCUUAAGUUCUGCAUUGUCCCACAGACUUCCCAAUGAUGUUCAGUCUCUCCCACCGAAUUUCGAGCAACAACUCUCUCCCUAUACCGUUAACGUGAGCGGCGUGCUAUUACCUUGCUUAAAUGGCUCUUCCCCGACCGACAAUCCUGCGCCGAUAAUACCUACGCCAACUACGGAAGCCAACCUGAAACGCAUAGCCAGCGGUCUUCUGGGAUCCAGUCCUCUGCUUUUGACUGGAUUAGCGGGUUCCGGAAAGACGCUCUUAGUGAGGCACCUCGCUUGGAGGUUAAACAAACUCGAGACCAUGGUCACCCUGCAUCUCAACGAGCAAAGCGACGCCAAGCUGCUUGUUGGUAUGUAUGCAACUGGAGCCAAGCCAGGUACUUUCAGCUGGAGACCUGGUGUUUUGACUACUGCCGUAAAGGAAGGGCGCUGGAUAUUCAUUGAGGAUCUCGACAGAGCUCCCAACGAGGUGGUCAGCACUCUUCUUCCGCUCAUUGAGAGGGGUGAGCUUCUUAUUCCCAGCCGAGGAGAGACGGUUCGAGCAGCAAGGGGUUUCCGCAUAAUAGCAACUAUGCGCAGUACACUCAAUCCAAGGGGCCAGGAAAUCGUUCCGCAGAACAUGAUCGGUCAUAGGUUUUGGAACUCGAUUACCGUUCAGAUGGCCCCGCUUGAAGAAUUCGAAAGCGUCAUUUCAAAGAAGUAUCCCGCACUGAAGGGCCAUGUAUCCGGUAUCAUCCGCGUAUACGCGCGGUUACUCGAUCUCUUCGCUGAUCCCAGGUUCUCGUCUGAGAAUGGGACAUCCCUUAGGGCGCUCACUCCACGUGACCUGCUUAAAUGGUGCGAUAGGAUAUCAGUUCUACUUUCUCAGUCGUCUUCGUUCAACUCGGCCCAAGUUGACGACAUCUUCAUGGAAGCCUUGGACUGUUUUGCCGGCAGUCUACGGAGUGAGAAGGCGCGCUUCACUGUCAUGGCCUGUGUUGCUGAAGAGCUGCACAUUGACCCUCAACGUCGAGAUCAUUUGUUAAGCAGCCGAGUGGUGAAACUAGAAACCCCAGCCAAGACCACGGCUUCCGGAACCAUUCGCAUUGGACGAGUACAGCUGUCGAAGCACAGGUCAACGCGACAACAAGCAUCAAACCGACCGUUCUCUACGAAUGAUUACACGCUGCGGUUGCUGGAGAAGGUCGCUGUUGCAGUGGACCGGCAAGAACCCCUUUUGCUUGUGGGUGAAACAGGCACAGGCAAAACCACCUGCAUCCAGUACCUGGCUGAGCAGCUAGGGCGCAGACUCGUCGCUUUCAACUUAUCACAACAGAGCGAAAGUGGUGAUCUCUUGGGUGGUUAUAAGCCUGUUAAUGUCCGAAGUCUCGUCAUCCCGCUUAAGGAUGAGUUCGAUGAUCUGUUCGACACUACCUUUUCGAGGAAGAAGAAUCAGCGGUUCCUGGAGAUGCUUGGAAAGAGGGUUGCUAGAGGCGAGUGGAAGCGUAUCUGUCUUCUUUGGAGAGAAGCAUUGAAGAUGGUGGACGCUGCUCGUAAAGCGCACGAGUCUCAAACAUCCUCGCCGGAUCCUGACGGAGAACAACCCAAGAAAAAACGCAAAGUCGACUCAUUACCUACCAACUUCCCAACAGCACGAUGGGAUAAGUUCGCGGCAGAUCUCCACGAUCUUGAAGCACAGCUUGCCAGUGGCUCCGAAGCAUUCGCAUUUGCAUUCUUGGAAGGCAAUAUCGUGAAAGCCGUUAGGAAUGGCGACUGGGUAUUGCUCGAUGAGAUCAAUCUGGCUUCUUCUGACACGCUUGAAGCGCUUACAGAUCUCCUUGGUGGCGGACCAGAUGGAACUCCAUCCAUUCUGCUAACUGAAACCGGGAGUGUUGAACGAGUGGUUGCACAUCCCAACUUCCGUGUCUUCGCAGCUAUGAACCCGGCGACCGAUGUAGGCAAGAAGGACCUUCCUCCAGGUAUUCGUUCAAGGUUCACAGAACUGUACGUCGAGAGCCCUGAUAGUGAUGUCAAGAGUUUACGCAACAUUGUCGAGAAGUACCUGGGCGGUGAUUCCAACGACCCUGCCAUCGUAAAGGUUGCUUUAGAUGUCACCAGCCUCUACUUGGACAUUCAAAAACUGGCUAAGUCGAACAUGCUGGUUGAUGGCGCUGACCAGAAGGCCCAUUUCAGCUUAAGAACGCUCACGAGGACCCUCUCGUACGCAAGAGAGAUUGCGCCUUUAUGCACCUUGAGGCGUGCUCUGUAUGAAGGUUUCCAUAUGAGCUUUCUUACUUUUCUGGAUAAGCCGUCCGAGGACCGCGUGGCGCCACUCAUUAAGCAACAUCUCUUAAACCAAAAGACCGCCAAAGCGGAAUUGGGAAAGCCUCUGCUGCAGCCAGCGGAUGGCCGCAGCUACGUUCGACAGGGUCAUUACUGGUUGCGGCAAGGUGCACAUCCUGUUGAAGAGCAACCUCACUAUAUCAUAACACCCUUCGUUCAGCGCAACAUGAACAAUCUCAUCCGGGCAGCCUCUACUCGCAGAUACCCAGUGUUGAUCCAAGGUCCGACCUCCUCAGGCAAGACUAGCAUGAUCGAGUAUCUAGCGAAGAGGUCAGGAAACAAGUUUGUCCGGAUCAACAAUCACGAACAUACUGAUCUGCAGGAGUAUCUGGGCACCUAUAUCUCGGGUGCGGAUGGCAAACUUUCGUUUCAGGAGGGUAUACUGGUUCGGGCGCUGCGGGAAGGACACUGGAUAGUUCUGGAUGAGCUGAACCUUGCCCCUACGGAUGUUCUUGAAGCACUGAAUCGACUCCUGGACGACAAUCGGGAACUUCUUAUUCCAGAAACACAAGAGGUGGUGCGGCCUCACCCUGACUUCAUGCUCUUCGCCACGCAGAAUCCUGCAGGUCUGUACGGUGGUCGCAAGGUCCUUUCCCGAGCUUUUCGCAACCGUUUCUUGGAACUCCACUUCGAUGACAUACCCGUGGAAGAGUUGACGGAGAUUCUACAUCGCCGAACUAUGAUACCGGAGUCGUGGUGCAAGAAGAUAGUGAAAGUGUAUCAGGAACUGUCAACCCUCCGUCAGGAAAACAGGCUCUUCGAGCAGAAGAGCUUUGCGACUUUGCGUGACUUGUUCCGCUGGGCUCAACGGAAGGCAGAUACCAUACAAGACCUCGCCGCCAAUGGUUAUAUGCUGCUGGCAGAACGAGUGCGGAAGGAGGAGGAGCGUCUCGCCGUCAAGAAGGUCAUAGAAUCUGUGAUGAGCCGAAACGGCCCGCGCGUGGAAGUCGACGAAGAGAAGAUGUACAGCCCCGACACUUCCACAGAGAUCAAUUUGUACGACAGCAAAGUCCAAGAUCGCGGUACUGUCGUGUGGACAAGAGCUAUGCGCCGUCUGUAUGUUCUGGUCGCUCAUGCUCUCCGAAACAACGAGCCUGUUCUACUCGUAGGAGAGACAGGCUGUGGUAAAACUACCGUGUGUCAGAUGCUUGCAGAUGCGUUCGACAAACAACUGCAUAUUGUAAACGCGCACCAGAAUACCGAAACCGGGGAUCUGAUAGGCGCACAAAGACCGAUCAGAAAUAGGACAGCCAUAGAAGACUUACUGCGAUCUCACCUUCUGUCUGUUCUCCGAACGCUUCCUGAUCAUGCCUCUCUGGAUCAUCUCGAACUUACCGAACUGCUUGGAAUCUACGAUAAUCUGGACCGAGAAACGCAAGAGCGCAUACCGAUUGAGCAGCGCAAUGAAAUACAGUCGAACCGUGUCAAGGCUGCCGCGUUAUUCGAGUGGGCUGAUGGUAGCUUGGUACAUGCGAUGAAAACUGGCCAGUUCUUCCUGCUUGAUGAGAUAUCGCUGGCAGAUGACUCUGUGCUCGAGCGGCUGAACAGUGUCCUGGAACCUUCGCGUACAAUGCUGCUUGCAGAGAAAGGCCCCACUGACUCCCUUGUCACUGCAUCGGAGGGAUUCCAGUUUUUAGCUACCAUGAAUCCGGGCGGAGACUACGGAAAGAAAGAGCUCUCCCCUGCCUUGCGUAAUCGUUUCACUGAGAUCUGGGUACCGGCGCUUUCUGAUGUUGAAGAUAUCCUCCAAAUCAUGCGCUCGAAGCUCAAGCCGAGCGCAUCGAAGUAUGCUGGAUGCCUUGUCUCAUUCGCUCAGUGGUUCAAUGAGAAGUACAACACGUCGGUAUCCUCUUCGAUCUCAAUCCGUGAUACGCUCGCCUGGGUCAACUUCAUCAACAAAACUGAUCACGAGGAUCCUGUCUUUGGUAUUGUGCAUGGAGCAGCUAUGGUCUUCAUUGAUACCCUUGGCGCAAACCCGGCCGGACUUCUGGCGAUUCCUCAAGCUGCCAUCGAGCAAGAGCGGAUGGCUUGUCUGCACCACCUGACCAAGCUUCUGGGUACCGAUGUUGGUCCUUUGUAUUUCGGCGAGAUCACUGUAGAGGCGAGUGAUACGACUCUGCAGCUAGGACCCUUCUCCAUUCCACGACUUCCAACCAAUGCUGAGGACCCUGCCUUCUCAUUGGAAGCGCCAACGACUCGCUCGAAUGCGAUGAGAGUUAUCCGCGCCCUCCAGUUGUCAAAGCCGAUCCUUCUUGAAGGUAAUCCUGGAGUUGGUAAAACAACUCUUGUCACCGCAAUCGCUCGUGCUGUAGGAAAGCCGCUGUGCCGCCUCAAUCUGUCAGAACAAACUGACCUCAUGGAUCUUUUUGGAUCCGAUGUUCCAGUUGAAGGAGGUCAAGCUGGGAACUUCACUUGGCGGGAUGCUCCGUUCUUGAGAGCCAUGAAGAAUGGCGACUGGGUGUUGCUCGACGAGAUGAACUUGGCCUCCCAAUCAGUCCUUGAAGGCCUGAACGCAGUGCUAGAUCACCGCGGAGAGGUCUACAUCUCCGAGCUCGAUCAAACGUUCCAUAAGCAUCCGAGCUUCCGUGUUUUCGCUGCGCAGAACCCGCACCAUCAGGGGGGCGGAAGAAAGGGAUUACCCGCUUCCUUUGUCAAUCGCUUCACUGUUGUCUACGCUGACGUCUUCCGUCCUGAUGACUUAUCGCUCAUCUGUGCGAAAGUUUUCCCUCAAAUCAAUAGCCACGAGGUCAAGAAGCUGAUCGAUUUCGUUGCCGCAUUGGACGAGCAAGUCGUGUACAAGCGAUCUUUUGGCCAUCUAGGUAGUCCCUGGGAGUUCAAUCUGCGAGACACCCUUCGCUGGCUCCGAUUGCUUGGCGAAGCUGGCUCAGCCAGAGAUUUCUUAGAUGCCGUGUUCGUGCAGCGUUUCCGGAGCGACACUGAUCGGUCUCAGCUGCUCAAGCUCUUCGAUGCCGUGUGUGGGGAACAUGAACCUCGAGUCACAUUAUAUCACAACCUGAGUCCAGAGACCUUCCAAGUAGGUCUUGGAUUAUUGUCACGAGAUGUAGUUGUCGCAAGACCGGAUCCCGUCUCUCAUCUUCGCAUUCCUCAGUUAGCGCCCAUGGAAGCGUUGAUGAUCAGUGUCAGGCAUAAUUGGCCCGUCAUUCUCGUUGGUCCAGCAGGAUCAGGCAAAACUUCCAUGAUCAACCAGAUGGCGUCCUUUGUUGGAGCAGACUUAGCUACAUUCGCCAUGAAUGCAGAUGUAGAUGCUAUGGAUCUCGUUGGCGGGUAUGAGCAGAUUGACCCUUCAAGGGGGAUUCAACGCUUCAAAGCGAGGUUGAGCGCCUACAUACGACGUAGGCUCAUCAUGUCCGAGACAACGUCAUCCACUCUUCUGAACCUCAUUGCAUAUCUUGACACGGAAAACGAGAUUGAUUAUGUCCAGCUGCACACUCUGCUAAGCAAACUGGCGGAAGAAGCAUACAACUCCGAAAUCACAGUUGAACUAAUUCAUGAGCUCAAUCAGCUUCAAGAGCAGCCGCAACGAAUCGAAGGAGCCCGCUUCCAAUGGGUCGAUGGUAUCCUUAUCCAGGCUUUAGAGCAAGGGAAGUGGCUUGUACUGGAUAAUGCGAACCUCUGCAGCAGCGCGGUGCUCGAUCGCCUCAAUUCGCUGUUAGAGCCAAAUGGCUAUCUCAAUAUCAAUGAACACUCUACAGCUGAUGGAGAAGCCCGCGUCGUUCGUCCACAUCCCAAUUUCAGGAUCUUCCUCACUAUGGAUCCGAGAUUCGGCGAGUUGUCAAGGGCCAUGAGAAAUCGCGCCAUUGAGAUUUAUUUACUGCCAAAACAGGAGAUGAUGGCGAGAAACGAUGAAGUUUUGUUGCCGGCUUACCCGCUGGAGUCGAGCAUGUAUCGGUUCAGGCAUUUCACUGCUGGUAUCGAGAGUUCACCGGACGCUAUCCUUGCCCACUUUGAGCAUCUAUCGUUUACGGACGAUGGGUUGCUUCAAAGUUUCUCUUCCACUCUGCAAAAGAAUUUGAUGCCUCUCGCCGCCGUUUCCACACCAUCUGCACCUGGAGAUUCGAGCGGAAAGUUUGACCAGCUUCAUCAUUUCUUUUUGAAGUAUUGGAGGCCCAAAGCCAUGCGCUCCCAGGCCGCCUUCGGAGUUGCCAAUGACAUAUGCUCCCUUCUUCCCUAUCAUCCACUCGUCAAUGAGUUAUAUGUGCAGUCCAACGCUACCACGAAGUCUGCUGAGUUGUGGCUUGCUUCUCUUUACGAGGUCUCUCUGGAUGUUUUCAACAUGCAGCAAUCUAUUGCUGCACUGCCCUCGGCUAGACUCGAACGUCGCAAGGAAAAGCAGAAGCUUCCAAGCUUCCUUCAAGCGUACUCUCGGAUACUAGGCAGAGUCCUUGAAACGUUGUGGGCUUCUCAUAAGGUUGACCAGGCUGUCGAUCCGCGCGUGUUGCAACAUCUACGCGUCCUCUUCUGGGCGUUUUACGGGCUCGCCAGCGGUAAUGGCUUGGACCGAGCAGCCUUCCAAACGUAUCUAAAGAUGCUGGAUGCUGAACUCAAUUCGCUGUGCGAACGUGACAAUGAUUUCGGGUUUAACAUCCGAACUUCAUUGACCAGAGAACUGGCGGUUUUUGGCUCCGAGGUUCAGCUCACUACUGGGCUCGGUGUGGAGCGCAUCUGGCGCCGCUUCAGGCCCACCAGCCCCAGCACCGGCAAGCAACUGGCAGCAGUCCUACAGCUGGAGCACCUAGCGGACAGACUUGACGCUGUAAUGUGGAAGCUGAAUCUCCGGAUUGAUGAGAUGAUCCAGAUACGAGAAAGGUUUGCAAGCUCUCUACAACUCAUGAAGUCCCAAGACGUGGACGCCAGUGAGCUUGUCAUUAGCCUAGAAUCCGCCGUGUGUGAGCUUGAGGGCAGCAUUGAUCACGAAGACGUUGCGGUCACUCCUUAUUUCGAGGCGGAGUUUGAGGGACUGUGCCAGUUCUCCGACGUGCUGCAAAGUGUCCCAACCCAAGGACAAGAUGUUUCGGAGGUGCUACGGCUGAUUCAGGCCAAAUCAUCCUUGCUCGCUCGAAGGCCCACCAAAUCUCUCGCCUUAAAUGCCUACCGUGAACCAUACGACUCCUUCGAACACCUCUACCGCUUCUCUGGACUUGGAGGAAGCUCUGGCGGCGACAUGACCCUACAAGGUCGCUUCCAUACUGCGAUUCUGGAGAAGAUAUAUAACGCGGAAGAGGUGCAGCUUGUGCAGCUGGAUCGGUUUGAGGCGGAAUUGCAAGUACUCUCGCAAUCCUUAUCUCUCCAAUCAAAGCGGAUCACUCAUGACCAAUACAACGCCCUGCCUGCGAGUUGUAGACAUUUGAUCAACGAGCUGUCUACGACUCAUGCCGAUUUGGUCACUUACGGCUUCGGCAUCUCUGCUCAAGAGCCAGCUACCGUCAGCUUCAAAGCGGAAGAGCGAUUGCCAGAGGCUUAUCGUGACGUCUUGCAAGGGCCACUAAAGAGCUGCGUAGAGCAUGGGAUGUUGGUAACAUCGGAACCAGCAGCCGCAUCGCAAGCCUGGGUUGCCCUUGCUGUAGCUGGGCUAUUGUUGUACAUUCCCAAUUACCCAUAUGACCCAGCUCUUCAGCCCAUGAUUGAGCGCAAGCUAUUCAAUGAGCGGAAGGGGUCGCUACAGCAAGCCCUGGAUACUCUUCAACGUUUCCAGAGAGCAUUGACAGGCCAAGAAACCAGCCUCAGGAUCAGAAGAUUACAAGCCGAGAUGGUGGGAAUGGGCUUGGAGCCCCCAAUUCCGGCCAUUGUAAGACCAGAGACUUCCGAAUUGGACGCUUUGCAGGGCGAAUUCGCCAAUCUCUUAAGUAUUAUCCAGCCCUUGGCCAACGGCACAAUGACUGUGCAGCAAGCUUCUCAAGAUGCUACGAUGCGAUCCAACCUUUCGCGUCUCAUCGGCAGGCUUCGUGAGCAAUACAGAGCCUAUGAUGACAUCACCGGCCCUGCCGUGGGAUUCCUCGUGUGCUUGCAUAUUGGUCUCUCUCUCGGGUCACAGGUUCAAGCGGAGAGCGAUGUUCAAAGGACUCUCAAGUACAUUGUGCACCAUACCCCCAUGUUUUCACAACAUGAAUGGUGCAUUCGACCGUCGUCUGACCUUCUCUUCGCCCAUGGGGAAGAGGAGCUUGAUAAAGGCUACCAUACCGUCGACCUACGGUGGCACAUGCUACGCAACCUAGUGCUAGUGCGAAACGUCGAACCUUCUGCUCUCAGUACACAGAAUGUGCGUUCAUUGGUACACAGGAUUUUCUCCUCCCUCUACAGCGACUGGAAACGAAAAUUGCUUCAAGACCAGGAGAAAGAGGCGAAAAAUACGAGCUUGUAUACCUACAAAGGCGGCGAUGAUGACGUAGAAGAUGAGGACCCGGAGUUGUUUCCCGAUUAUGAGCAAGAUCAACUGAACGGCUCAGAUGGACCCUCUGUUUCGAGUGAUCACAGCAUCAAGGUGGCGAAUAUACAUUCCGAGCUUUUCAUCGACAAUCAGGACGGUGCGGACGUACUGAAUCGGAUCUUGGAUUGGUGCGCCCGCGAAAUGGUUCGAGUAUCCGAGGGUCAGCCUCAUGGCACAGAGCUCGCGACUGCCCUACCUGCAAUCUUCCUGGCCCUUGCAAAGAAGUCAACAGCGUUGUGGUCAUCUGCCACGAGGCGGAAUUACAAUUUCUACUUUGAUGCGAACCUACCGGAGGCUAAGAGAUAUAUCGAUCUCAUACAUCGUAUCCAGGUCAGAUACCAACAGAUUCGAAAGGUGUGGCCUGAGCAUGCGACAUUGUCUGACGUGCUUCGUACGUGCGAGGAAGCACUUGCCUUUAGGCAUGUUGACCCAGUGGCGAAGUUCAUCACCAAGGCUGAGAAACUUUAUGGUUACAUGCAUGAGUGGCAAAGUGUUGCAAGCAGGGAGUAUAGUACAGGCCCCCUGUACGAUGAUUUGACGAAGCUUCUUGUCAGCUGGAGACAAUUGGAACUUACAACUUGGGCACGUCUGUUCGAUAUGGAGAUGGAGAAGUGCCGAGAUCAUGCGAAGAGUUGGUUCUUCGUCGCGUAUGAAACCAUCAUCGCGGCAACUGAGUCCAUGGAAGAUGACGGCUCCGUGGUGUCGCAUGCUAAAGAUCUGUUGAAGGCCAUGGAGGCUUUCUUCUCAUCCACAACUUUGGGCCAAUUCGAACAACGCAUCAAGCUCCUCGAACAAUUGCGCGAACACGUAGCAAUGCGACAGCAAGAUAUGGAGAUAUUCAAGCCCGUUCAGCUUGCGCUUGACAACUUCAUCACUUACUUCUCUCGUCUGAAGAAGCCUGUGCAAGAAGCGAUCUCCAAUGGUCGACAAAAGCUCGAAAAGGAGGUCAGCGAUGUCAUCAAGCUUGCCAGCUGGAAAGAUACGAACAUCGAUGCCUUGAAGCAAAGCGCGAAAACGUCUCACCGCAAACUCUCCAAGCUAGUUAGGAAGUUCCGCGCACUGAUCAAUCAACCCAUUUCUAGCAUUCUGCGAACCGGCUUCCCUGAAGAGGCAUUCGGUGAGUAUGCCGUCCAAAUGCAGAAUACCAGCUCCUCGGUGGACUCGACCACGCUUGAGCUCUGCGAGAAGGCACUACCGGGCUGGGAUGCACGGCCUACACGGUUCAAGAAUCUUGCUACCACAGUCUCAAUCAUGCACAACAUGUCGUCCCCCAGCGUAGAUGUUGUUGAUGGUGCCAACUACAUAAACACCUUCAUCGCGGAUCUGGAGACUUCAAUUAUAGAGCUUCAGAAAGCCACGCCUUCAACUUUGACGGAGGAAAACAAAGAGACCGUUCAGCACCUCAAGACUCAGAAGCGCAAGUUGUACGCCGAUACAAUGAAGGAACUUCGACAAAUGGGCAUUCAGUCACAUCUCAGCAGCGAUGUCCUCGCCAAGCAAGAUGAACUUACUACCGUGCUUGCUCGCUUGCCUGCCCUGAAAGGCCGAACCGGUCCGUCAUCGAAGGGAUCCGAGUACGCGCUGCAUAAGGCACUGAGUAUUAUGGCCCAAGUGAGGGAGCUUUCCAAGGAGCAUUCCGGCGACCUUACAAGCAACGAUGUAGCACGCAGUGUAGGCUACAUCGAAGGUCUCCUCUAUUGCGCUAUCCGUCAACGAGGCUUGCAGAGUCGGGCAGUAGAGGCAUCAAUGGCAAUGGAACGGCCGUUUGCUCAAAUCAGAGAUCUGUUUGAGAAUGCUUCUCCUUCACUUACACAAGUGGCACCUCGUAAAGCACAGGAAGCACGGACUUCACAUUCUGAAAUCGCCUGGCUUUCGGUGAUUCUCAAAACUGCAGCGGGAAUCUGCGCUGCGCAAGCGAGCUUGGGCAAAACCUCAGAGUUCGACGUUGUUGUUCGUGGCCUCCAGGAAUGGAGUGCGCUUUUCCGGGACCUGGAGGGUGGUUAUCACACACUUCCAACGCUGCCAGCGAAUGUGUGGUCGGAUGCACAUACUCGCCAUGAUGAGACUGUGCAGGCAAAACUUGUUGAAUUUCGCCAGAUUUACCUGUCAUGGCUUAAGCAGUAUGAUCUUCUCCGCCCGGUACUGCGACAGAUGCAACCGUAUGUUCUACAAUAUGGCAACGCAAUGACCGUUGCGCCAUCGAACUAUGAACGCGUCACGCUGGAGACACAUGCCAAAGAACUCUUUGAUUCCUUGGACCUCAUCCUAGGCUCCAUGCAGGAUGUCGAGGCUGCCUUGAAGACGAUGCCGAAGUCCACUGAUGAUACCACAUGGCUGGUAAAAGAGGAGCAAGCGCUUUCUGGUGCGCUUUCCGCGCUCCAUGGACACCAGAUUGCCAAUGCGUUCGAUACGAUUCUUGCCAGGCUUCAAUAUCUUAGCAGUGAUCAGGAGCUUCAAGUCAUUGCUGCCAUGUUCGUGGCUGUAAGGCCGAUCUUGGAUCAGUAUGUGGCAUCUGCACGCUUCCUCCUGGACAAGUUUGAGGAGCUGCAGUACGCGACGUCCAAAUUGCUCUACCGUCUCGCCAAAUCCUUUAUUCAAGUCGGAACUCAGGGCUUCUGUACACCGGCCGAGAAAUCCAACGAACAGGCUGGUAAAGACGACAAACUUGAGUCAGGAACCGGACUUGGCGAGGGCGAAGGUGCGGAGGAUAUAUCAAAAGACAUUGGAGAGGACGAGGAUCUUGAAGAUCUGGCUCAGGAGAAGGGUGCAGAGCGGGAAGGCAGCAUCGAAGAGGAGGAAGAUGCUGUGGAUAUGGGAGAGCAAGAGAUGGAGGGCGAGAUGGGCGAUGUCGCUGAGAAGGAGGAUGAGGAGGGCGAGGGUGAGGAAGGCGAAGACGAUGCCGAGAGCCAGGUUGGAAGUGUCGAUGACCUUGGGCCCAGUGCUGUUGACGAGAAGAUGUGGGAUGAGGGAGGGAGGGAAGAUGAUGCGAAGGAGAAGGAAGGCCAGCAGGAUGUCGGCACGGCAAAUCAGGAUGAACAGGUUGCUACGGACGAUAAAGAAAAAAAGGAUAAUGAGAAAGGGGAAGAAAAGGAAGGCGAGGAGAAGCAAGCAGCUGAUGAAGAUGAGGAGAUGGAAGGCGAAGAGCAGGAAGAAAAUGUGGGCGUGGGCGAGACGGAGAAGAUGGAUCCGCAUGCCAAAGAGGAGGAGACGCUUGACCUUCCGGACGAACUCAAUAUCGAAGGCAACGAAGACGAUGAGAAAGAAGACGAAGAUCUCGGAGAUAUGGACAUGGGUGACGAAGAGGAGGAAAUGGAGGCAGACGCUGGAAUGGAGCCUGACAAGGUGGACGAGGAGAUCGGUCCUGAGGAUGAGAAUGCUCCGGAGCAGGAAACCGCUGACCAUAUCAAGGACGAUGAGGAAAUGGGCCAGGAGGAAGAGGAGGGUGAGGAGCCGGUGGACGACGACGUGAUUCCUCUGCCAGACGAACAGGCUCCGCCUGAUGAAGCCCGCGAUACCAAGGAUGACAAUACGGAUCCCAAUGCAGAAGCUGGAGCGGGUGCGGAGGCCAAUGACGAAGCGCACCAGGAUCAAGAUAAUCAAGCUUCAGCGAGCGCAGCAAAUCGGGAUGACGGCAACGAAGGGGAAUCCUCGGAGAAAAUGCAGGAGUCCACGGCUGAAGAUGGGACGCUGGGUCAGACUGCUCGACCUGAAGCUGGUGGCCGCAGUGAAGAGAGUGAGGAAACUCCAGAGACUCAAUCCUUCAAGAAGUUGGGCGAUGUACUAGAGAAGUGGUACAACCAGCAACGCCAGAUUUCGGACGCUCGCAAGAAGGAUGAGAGCCAAGUGCAGCAGAUCGACAAGGAAAUUGACAUGGCAGAGGCGGAUUUCGAGCAUCUCGCCGAUGAAGAGACCCAGGCAGAUACGCAAGCUUUGGGAACGGCGACCGAAGAGCAAGCCAAAGCACUGGAUCAUGACAUGGCAAUGGCUGUGGAUGAAGAAGAGGAGAUUGCUGCUCGUCCAGAAGACAAGAACGAGGAGGUGGUAGAGCAUGACCAGGAUGUGGCCAUGGGAGAUUCAGAGCUGUCCCCUGAAGCACAAGAGCUACCUCCAAACAAGGCAGACGGCCAGCCUCAAGCAUUCAUCGGCGAGCAGAAGCCAAUUACUGAUCAAGAGGACCAAGAUAUGGCAGACGCCAUGCCUGCGGAGGACGAGUUCUCGGAAACAUCAUCUGUGCACGAAGUCGAGACAAAGCUCGAACUUACCCACCUCGAUACCUCCGCCCUCCCGUCAGCAGAGACAGCUCGCAGCCUCUGGCUCCAGCAUGAGAGUGCCACUCAUUCCCUCUCCCAACAGCUCACCGAGCACCUUCGCCUCAUCCUCGCCCCAACCCUCGCCACGAAACUCCGCGGCGACUUCCGCACCGGCAAGCGCCUCAACCUUAAACGCAUUAUCCCUUAUAUCGCGUCCGGCUACAAACGCGACAAGAUCUGGCUGCGACGCUCCAUGCCCAGCAAGCGCAACUAUCAAGUCAUGAUUGCGCUUGACGACUCCAAGUCCAUGGCCGAAUCCGGAGCAUCCAAUCUCGCCCUCAAGACGCUCACUCUCGUCACGCGUUCCCUCUCCAUGCUCGAGGUCGGUGAGGUCGCCGUUGUAGGUUUCGGCGACGAGAUCAACGUCGCACACGAUUUCGACAAGCCCUUCACCACCGACGCCGGCGUGCGCGUCUUCGAACAAUUUGGUUUCGCUGCCAGCAAGACUAAUGUUAAGGGCCUGGUAGAGAAGAGUCUGGGCUUGUUUGAGGAGGCCAGACGCAGGGGUGCCAGCUCAGCCGGGGAAGAACUCUGGCAGCUGAUGCUGAUUGUCAGUGACGGUAUCUGCGAUUCGCAUGCAGAGAUUCAGCGGCUCGUGAGACGCGCGCAGGAAGAGCGAGUCAUGAUCGUCUUCAUCAUCGUGGAUGCCACUGCUACAGCGCCGCUGGCUUCGGACGCCCCUGGGGUAUCGACAAUGCCUGGAGUGGCCCCCGCGGCGAACCAGGAGAAAACGAGUAUCUUGGAUUUGCAGAGUGUGGAGAUUUCGCCAGAGGGAAAAGUCGUGAGGUGGAAGUAUAUGGAGCGGUUCCCGUUCAGGUAUUAUCUGGUCGUGCGGGAUGUGAGGGAGUUGCCUGGCGUAUUGGCCGGUGCUCUGAGGCAGUGGUUCGGUGAGGUUGCCGGGAGUGUUUGA